UGCUGACGACCUCAAUGGCUCACCUGUUCAGGUAUAGGAUGACAGCCUAGAACGAGACAAUAAAAAUCGUAUUUAUUUAGGCUCAGGGCUUCGCAAGGUUGAUCACCAGCUCACUCGAAGGCCGCUCGAUCUGCCAUGGCUCACUCACAUCUCUUGACCCGCAUAGGAUUGCUGUGCUGCCUCGCGCUGAGUGUUCUCGCCCAGAGUGACAAGCUGGUGUUUUGCCAUUUCAUGAUCGGUAUCGUGGGCGACCGAACCAGUGCCGCAGACUACGAUGAUGACAUGAGACGUGCAAAGUCGCUCGGCAUUGAUGCCUUCGCUCUCAACAUUGGCACAGAUUCAUACUCCGACACGCAACUCAACUACGCAUACGAAAGCGCAGCCAAUAAUGGAAUGAAAGUUUUCAUCUCGUUCGACUUCAACUGGUACCACGACACGUCAGAUGCUUCAGCCGUAGGUCAGAAGAUUGCGCAGUAUGGCAACAGGCCAGGGCAAUUGAUAGUAGAUGGCAAAGUGUUUGCGAGUAGCUUCGCAGGCGACCAGCUUAAUGUGCCUGCCAUGCGCAUUGCUGCUGGUAUUUCGGUCUUCUGGGCACCGAACAUCCAUCCGGAGUAUGGUACCAGCUUUGCUAAUGUUGAUGGAGCUCUUAACUGGAUUGCAUGGGAUAACGAUGGAAACAAUAAAGCACCAAAGCCUGGUGCAAAUGUCACGGUAGCCCAGGGCGAUAGUCGUUAUGUACAAGCCUUGGCUGGUAAGCCAUAUAUCGCCCCCGUAUCACCAUGGUUCUUCACUCAUUUCGGACCCGAGGUUUCAUACUCCAAGAACUGGGUUUUCCCUGGUGACCUACUCUGGUAUCAUCGUUGGAAUGAGAUCCUCUCUUUGAAACCUCGCUUUAUCGAGAUCAUUACCUGGAACGAUUACGGCGAAUCGCAUUACAUUGGUCCACUGAAGUCGGAACAUUACGAUGACGGCAACUCCAAAUGGACCAACGACAUGCCUCACGCUGGUUGGCUCGACAUGAGCAAGCCCUACAUUGCCGCAUAUAAAGCUGGAGCCUCCGACGUAACACCAUAUAUCACUGAAGACGAACUUGUGUAUUGGUACCGUCCCACGCUUCGAGACAUCAACUGUGAUGCCACAGACACCACCAUGCAGGACGCCAAUAACGGCAGUGGGAACUACUUCAAAGGCAGACCAGACGGUUGGCAAACAAUGAGCGACUCCGUCUUUGUGGUGUCGCUGCUCAAGUCUGCAGGCCAAGUAUCGGUGUCUUCCGGAGGUAACACUCAAACUUUCAAUGCAUCGGCUGGUGCUGCCGCCUGGACCGUGCCGAUGGGUGUUGGACAGCAAAAAUUCGCACUUCAGAGGAAUGGUGUGACGGUCAUGAGUGCUACGUCAUUGAAAGACGUUACCAAUGUCUGCCCAUGUGGGUUGUAUAAUUUCAAUGCCUAUGUGGGCACCUUGACCUGCUCCGGCAGCGGUGAAGCCGAUCCACUCGGUGCAGAUGGCCUAGCCUCUCUCACCGUCGGCUUGAAGGUAUCGACUUGUCAGGCGAAGCCAACACUGGGGUCGCCACUGCCAAGCAGCUGCAACGGUGCUGCAGCGCCAACUGCGACAUCCCAGGUUGCUUCACUAUCAACUUCCGCUACUUCUACGAAGACGACAACUUCCAGUACUAAAAUUCCCGUGACCAAUACCCCGGUCACCACCACCUUCAGGACUACGAAUACACCUGCGACUACGACCAAAGCUUGCGGGAGGACGAUCACCGCGAGCAGUCAGAUCUUCCCGACAAAUUGCUUGCAGCCAGGUGAUGUGUGGCAAGGACCAGCCGGACAGGGCAAGCCAGAUAAAUGUGACGGCGCUGCACCAUGCACGGCUUAGGAGGGAAAAGCGAUCUUGGGAUAUGAUGUUGAGCAGCAGGGUACUGCUUUUUACGGUAAAGAACAUCGACACGCAGUUCGAAGCAGUGCAUUGCUAUAUCAAGUUUGGUGGCAUCUCUGGCAACUCUACAGAGUUUUUUUUAUACAAACCGUUUCCUCUUGAUGGAC